AUGAAGGGUCCCCAAUACCAAUGGGACAAUGUUACUCUCGAUCAGCUAGUUAUUGCUUCCCUUGACAUGAGUACGGAGAAGUAUACGUAUAUGUUACUUCCUGAGGGUGUUACUGAGGUGCCUCAUUUUCAGCCAGAUCUCGGGAUUCUAGGAAAUCACAUGUGCCUUUUUCAUGACCGCAAUAGAACCCAUUUUGUUGUGUGGAAAAUGAGAGAGUAUGGAGUACGAGAGUCUUGGACUCAGUGGAUGAGUUUCAGUUAUGAGAAUCUUGAAUGUGAAGGAUUUUUGUUUAGGCCUCUGCCGAUGUUCUUGUCUGAAGAUGGCAACAUCCUUUUGCUCGCACUAACUGAGGACUUGGAGUUUAUCAAGUAUAAUAUAACAGAUGAUAAUGUAGAGCUUCCUAUAUGUUUCAAAGACAAUUCAUCCAAACAACCAGAUUUCCAUGUUUUGAUUAGAGCAUUGAAUUUUGUUUUCUCAAAUUCCAUUGUUAAGAAAGAUAUUCCACCAGAGUCACUACGCUUAUGA